AUGGCAAUUGACCACUUUGAUCACGGACGCCCAGGCAAGAGGCGACGGGGGAACCUGCCCAAACAUGUCACCGAUCUGCUCCGAGGGUGGCUUAACGACCACCUGCAUCACCCUUACCCUACGGAGGAUGAGAAGCAGAUGCUGAUGCAGCAGACGGGCUUAAACAUCAAUCAAGUGAGCAACUGGUUUAUAAAUGCCCGUCGACGCAGAUUACCCAGCAUCACAAACACUGGCCGCGUAGAACCGGACCAGAAGCUCCCGCAAAGCAUGGGAAGCAUGGGCCACGGUCAGUGA